AUGACAGCAGUUGAAGACCGAUCAAUUUCUUUACCCUGUAAUGUAUCUUUCCCGGCUGGAGACUAUGCGAUUUCCUUAGUGCUGUGGUUCCGGGGGGACUCUGGAGUCCCGAUUUACAGUCUAGACGCCCGAAAUGGUUCGAUCUACAAAGCCUUUCAUUUCACGGACGACAUUCUAGGAACACGUGCUUACUUCGAUCUGACCUCAAGGCCACCGCUACUAAAGAUCGCACCGGUCAAGAAAAAGGACGAAGGAGAGUAUGAAUGUCGAGUGGAUUAUCGACGCGCACGAACGGAAAAAUGGAGAGCUCACGUGAGAGUGAUUGUUCCUCCCAAAAAUGCUGUUAUUAAAGAUGCACAAGGAAAACGAGUUGAAGGAAUUAUUGGUCCAUUCAACGACGGAGAUAUGUUAGCUUUAUCCUGUGAAGCUGAAGGAGAUCCCAUCCCGAAUGUCACGUGGUGGAGGGAUUCGACCCUUUUAGACGGUGAUUACAGUGUUACUCCAGGAGGAAUUGUGCGAAAUGAACUGUUAAUCAAAAGGCUACACAGGGACCACUUAAUGUCAGUGUUGACAUGCCAGGCAUCUAACACAAACCUUAGUGUACCCGUCUUCAGAUCAGUGACAUUAGAUAUAAACUUAAAGCCUCUGGAAGUCCGAAUUUCAACUGUAAAUCGCCCUUUAUUGGCAGGCCAACAAGUAGAACUAGUUUGUCAGUCAAGUGGAUCAAGACCACCAGCACGAAUUUUGUGGUGGAAAGGAAGUGAAAAAAUGUCCAACAUUUCAUACACAAGAAACGACAAUGUGACAAUUAGCAAACUUACAUUUACACCCACGAUUCAAGAUCAUGAAAUAUAUUUAUCAUGUAAGGCAGACAAUCCCGUGUUUUCAAACAGUGCCUUGGAAGAUGGUUGGAUAAUUACUGUUUAUCAUCUUCCCAUGUUAAGACUUUCAUUAGGAGCGAAUAUACAGCAUGAUUCCAUUAGGGAAGGAAGUGAUGUGUACUUCGAUUGUAACAUUCAGGCCAAUCCCUGGGUAUCGGAAGUCGGGUGGCGGUUUGAAGGCAAGACUCUCUUUAGCGACACAAAAACGGGUAUCAUCAUCAGCAACCAGACGUUAGUGUUACAGAAAGUUACUCGUGAAAGGAGAGGAAGAUAUCAGUGUGUAGCAGCUAAUGUAGUGGGAGAAGCAGAAAGUGAGGAAAUUAUUCUACGUGUGCAUUAUGCUCCUGUCUGUAAAUCUGGCCAAAAAACCGUUUUUGGUGUCGACAGAUUGGAAUCUGUUAAUAUCAGAUGCGAAACUCUGGCAGACCCUUCUGAUCUUACAUUUUAUUGGUCUUUAAAUAAUACUUUUGAACGGAUUGAGCUGCACUCUUUUAUAACUAAUGGAACGGUCAGCAAAAUCACAUACAGGCCAAGAACGAGAUACGGUUAUGGUGUGUUGAACUGUUGGGCAAGAAAUGAAAUUGGAAUACAAAAAGAGCCCUGUCACUUUAGUAUCAUACCUGCAGGUCGUCCAGAACCAGUUAAAAAAUGUGAAGUAUUAAACAAUACUAUGACCACCAUUGAAAUAGAAUGUGAAGCUGGUUAUAAUGGUGGAUUAAAACAGGAUUUUCAUUUGGAUGUAUUCAACUAUCCGCUAGAAACGUUAGAAGCUAAUUUGACCAAUAAUAACACACCAUCUUUUACUGUUAACAAUCUUCCACCAGGAACGACUUUCAUUUUUGCUAUUUAUUCUUUGAAUUCGAAGGGAAAAAGUCACUCUGUUGCGUUAACAGCAUCAACAUUACCAACGCCAGAGAAACGAACAGCAAAAAUCGAAAGACCAGGCAUCAGUCCUGUGCUGGGAAUUUUAAUCGGUAUAGUUGGAGCUCUGGUAUUGUUGGCUAUUCUAACUGUUGCAAUAAUGAGAUACAAACAUCAUGAGGAGAAUAAAGGUCCUGGAGAACAAGACAUAGUAAACAAACACCACACACCUUUCCAGAAAGAUAUAGAUGAGGGACUAGACUCGGACACGCGGGAACCUGACGUAAUCCCUGCAUUAGCUGUUGACUCUCAGGAGAAAAAUGGCGGUAUUGAAACAGGAAGCGAUAGCUGUCAGAGUGCACAUAACGGAAAAGGUCGACCACGUGACUUCACUGUGCUCCAGUCUAAAUCUUUCGGAACUACAUCUGUAUCUGUGCCAGAGGAUACGCAAGGAAUGUCGUACUCAGAAGUUUCCGGGACAGCAUCUCAAGUGUCUGAUGCCGUUAAACCAACGAACUCACCUAUAGACUUCGGCUUUUACAAUAAAGCAAGAUCGCUGGUGUUUCAACCAGACCAGGAAGAUGAGUGUAAUAUAACAGUCGAAACCCCUCUAAUGGAACCGAUGUCAUACAUGCCCGAGAGGCAUGGAGUUAAUAGUGUCAUCAACCAACGAAACAAGGUUUCAACCUCUGUGUGAUGCAUCACAGAAUCGAGCAAGCUGCUAAAAAAGUCAACUAUAAUUAUAUUCGUCAGAAUGAAUAUUCAAGGUCAUCAGUGGUUUUACCUUAUGGAUGUUAAGUGCCAAAUGUUCUUCGAAUAUACUUUCAAAGUCUCUGCAUUGGAAUGUAGCUGAAGCUUAGAAAGAACUGCUUUUGUCGGAUAAACUGUUUAUUCUGAAAGCUUGUUGAUAAACUGAGAAUAAGUUUCACUUUUUCUUAUUAACUCUCGGAAACGAAAUCACAAUUAAUUAAAUAACUCCAAAACUCCGGUGGUUUUGGAAAGUGAGUUCAGUUAUCAGGGUUAACAAAACAAUUUUACUCAGAAUAUCUUUAUGUUAAAGAUCUACAUUAUAAUUAUAUUAAUAUAUUUGAAACUGUCAAACAAUGUAUGCUGUAAGUUUGAGUAUAUUAAUUUUCACACUUUAUAAGAAUCUAACUGUAAUAACAAACCAUUUAAUUAAUGUAUAAGUCGUUGUUCAUUAUUUGAGCAGAAUUCAAGUCAACCACAAACACUAUUGUUCUAAAUGAAGAAUAUUUGUGAGUAUCCGUGUUUUCACAAAUCAUUUGUUAUUAUAGACGUGUAUUUUGUCGUGGAUAUCAGCGUGAAAUUCAUAAAUAAUAAAAUAACAUUAUGAAAGGUAAAUAGAGCAAGAUAUUUCCUUUGUGGAGAUUUUUAGAAAUAAAUGUGCUAAGGUAAAUUAUCUAUUCCGAAGGAUUAUUUAAUGUUAUGCCAAAUCUGUAACGUAUUAAAAUAGAAAGCUUUUUUGGACCAUGUUAUUUCUUUUCUUUUUUGAUUGAUUUUUUAUUUAAGCGUCUGUGUUACAC